AAAAGUGAAAACUGAAUGGGACCCAAAGUUAUUUGUCAUUCGUUUGUUGCGAUCGAUGGAGACAACUUCGUCCGAACGGUAGCUCGCUAUUCCAAAAUGGCAUUGUUUCGGUGUUGUAUAGUUUUAACUGUUUGCGCGUACGUCUCCGCAAUAGUCGGGCCCGCCGCUAAUGCUACGAGGAGUGAUUCGAAAACCGAUACAUAUCUCGACGCGUAUUCGAAAUCUCGUAUCGAAGCUGAAAAAGCGAAGCAAGGUGUCGUCAUAAUAACGGCUAAAGACGGAGAGAAGAAGAUUUCGAACCGCGACGAUAGCUUUUCAGGCUACGAUUAUACGCCGUCAUAUUCGAGCAGUGACAGCUUCAGUUCAUCUGGCCCCUCGAACAGUUAUCUUCCGUCUUCAAGCUAUGGAUCGCCUGUGAAAUUUGAAUCGGAUAUAACGUACAAUUCGCCACCAAAUUCAUAUGGACCUCCGUCAUCGAGCUACGGUCCGCCCUCAGGCAGCUAUGGCCCUCCUACAGCAUCCUACGGCCCUCCGUCGCCGGCUUACGGACCACCGAUCCACAAGCCACUACCCGUCUACGGACCUCCGAGACCAUCAUAUGGCGUACCGUACACGGCCCCGGGAUUGGGCUUUUUCGAUAAAUUGUCGUUGAAAUUGGAUAUCUUAACUAUUGCAAAAUUAAUGCUGAAAUUCCUUAUUUUCAAGAAGAUAGUGACUAUGAUCGCCGUUGUUUGUAUGUUGUUAGUGAUCCCGAAACUGAUUUCGUUCAAGAAAGACAAAGGUGGCGACGACAACAAUGAUGAAGAUGAUCGCCAAUUCGGACAUAAAAAUUUAUUAGAGUUGACGUCAGCGCAGCAACUGUUGGAGAGGGCUAUGUAUGUGUACGGAAGGCAACAGCCGUCGUGCGGCCUCACGUGCCGCGUGAGAAGGGUUCUAGAUGACAUAUAUGAAUUUGAACCUUAUUUCAGGGGAAAUAACGAAGGUGUAAGCACGGAUUCCUAAGAAAAGAACAGAAUAAGUUGUCGUGCCAUUAUAAUUACUUUAGUUAAAUUAUUGUAAAUUAUCUAUUUAUUCUAAUAUUUAAUAGUUUAUUAAGAGUUAAGUAAAUAUUCAAUUGUA